AUGGUUCAGGAUGCAGAAGGCGUGCUUGUUGCAAAUAUUGGCAGUUACAUGGGAGGUGUAGAUUUGUGGCAAAAUGAGGAUGACAAUUAUGAUAAUUUUGAUCAACAAUCCAUGCACGAUAAGGUACUUGAAGUUGUGAGCAUAUCGGGAACAUGGCACCUGGGGAAGCUUCAGGUAGGACUUUCUCGAGCUCGAAGACUUGCACAAGGACAGUCAAUUAAGAUACAACUGUUUGCCAUGUUUCCUGUUCAAAUUGAUGGAGAGCCUUGGUUUCAGAAACCCUGCACAAUUUCCAUAACCCAUCAUGGCCAGGCUUUCAUGUUGAAGAGGGUGGCUGAGGAACCUCUUGGCCCUGCAUCUGCAAUAAUUGCUGAAGUACUUGAGAAUGCUGAAACACAUAAUGUAAUUAAUGCUUCACAAAAGAGAGCUCUUCUUCAUGAAAUGGCGCUGAGGCUGUCCUAG